CUCCAGUUUCCGGACGGAGGGAUUUCAGAGUAACACCACACGACCGUCGUUAGGCGAGGAUGGUACUGGGUGCAAUGAGGGGGCAGCUCCUGAGGAGCAGCAGCUGUGCAGCCUGGGCCAGGCUGCUGCGGAGACAGAGCAGAGGGUGUGUGUACUCCAGCGUCCACGGCUUCAACCGGGAGGAGAUAGCGAAGAAGCUGCAGGUCUUUCCCGGAGGCGCCGUCGACCUGCUCAAACAGGAGUCUGGCAUCGCUGUGCUCACCAUCAACUACCCGUCCCGCAUGAAUGCCUUCUCCGGCAGCAUGAUGGUGGAACUGGAGGAGAGGGUGAGCCAGCUGGAGAGCUGGGUGGAUGGUAAAGGCGUCAUUGUUCAGGGCGCUGCUGGAACUUUCUGCUCGGGAUCGGACCUCAACGCCGUGAGGGCGAUAUCGAACCCGCAGGAUGGGGUGAAGAUGUGUAUGUUCAUGCAGAAUGCUCUUACAAGACUACUCAGGGUGCCUCUCAUCUCUGUUGCUCUGGUGGAGGGGAGGGCGCUGGGAGGAGGUGCUGAACUCGCCACCGCCUGUGAUUUCAGGUUGAUGGCAUCUGGCAGUGCGAUCCAGUUCGUCCACAAACACAUGGGCCUGGUCCCGGGCUGGGGCGGCGCCGCUCGACUUUGCCGCAUAGUCGGAGGCCGGAACGCCCUGAAGCUGCUCGGCGGCGCUCUAAAAGUGGAUCCCGAACUUGGCCUGCAGAUCGGCCUGGCAGAUGGAGUGCUGGAGGUCCCCCAGCCAGAGGAAGGUGCCGGGGUCGUCCUCCAGCAGGCCGAGAGCUGGCUCAGUCAGUACACGAAAGGAGCCGCCCCGGUGAUCCGGGCUGUGAAGAAGGUCGUGUUGUCGGGGAGAGAGCUCCCUCUGUCAGAGGCUCUGAGGACUGAGAAGGAUAUAUUUGGGACGGUGUGGGGGGGGCAGGCGAACCUGCAGGCUCUGGCCAGCAAGGCCAAACACAGGUGAGCUCCUACGGCUCCUCAGAUCAGCUUCACGUUGUGACUGCUAAAAGGGUUCUUCUUUGUUGGUGAGGACUUUUAUCAUUUCAAUAAAUCAGCUGGGGCAUUGCCUCUGAUACAAGAUCCAUUGAUCCAUA